GAAGCCGUCCUGCUUCCUGUCGCCGCGUGAUGACGUCAGCCGGCUCCGUGCAUUGUUUUGACUCGGAAUAUUUUUCUCUGUAAAAUUCCUGAGAAAUCGUGCGAAAAACACGUUAAAGACCCAAUUUUGCACGUGAUUCCACCUUCAGAACAAAAGACAGGUCAGAGGUCAUGGAGGAGCAGAGCGGGUCACCGGGGGGCAACACAGACAACAGCAGCCAGCGUAACGGAGAGGAGAAACCUCGCAGGAGCAGCUGGACCAAAGGCAGGAGGAGGAAGAAGCCACUGAAGGACAGUAACGCCCCCAAAGCCCCGUUAACAGGAUACGUGCGCUUCAUGAACGAGCGCCGCGAGCAGCUGCGGGCGGAAAGACCAGACGUGCCUUUCCCAGAGAUCACCAGGAUGCUCGGGAACGAGUGGAGCAAACUGCCCCCGGAAGAGAAACAGCGGUAUCUGGAUGAAGCGGACCGAGAUAAAGAGCGCUACAUGAGAGAACUGGAGCAGUAUCAGAAGACCGAAGCCUAUAAACACUUCAGCAGGAAAGUGCAAGAGAAACAAAAAGGAAAGAGACACAGGGGAGAUGCUGGACGGCAGGCACCUGGUGAAUCCCUUCAUGAGAAGGAUCUGGAGAUAAAGGAUCGCUCUGUGUUUGAUAUUCCCAUCUUCACUGAAGAGUUUCUCAAUCACAGUAAAGCGCGCGAGGCUGAAAUGCGUCAGCUGAGAAAGACGAACAUGGAGUAUGAGGAGCGAAACGCAGCGCUGCAGAAGCAUGUGGAGAGCAUGCGCUCCGCCGUGGAGCGUCUGGAAGGAGACGUGCUGCAGGAACGCACGCGAAACAGCCUCCUUCAGCAACACCUGGACACCCUGCGCUCGGCCCUCACACACAGCUUCUGUACUGUCCCCCUGCCCGGCAGCGGAGAGACGCCCACACUCAAUUCCAUCGACUCCUACAUGAAGAAGCUUCACAGCAUCAUCCUGUCCAGCCCACAGGAGCACCAGCACCUGAUCGGCACCGUCAGGGACGUGGUCAACCGCCUGGACAGGUAAUUGUGAGGCCCCGCCCCCUCUCGUGCAGUAGCCCCUCCUCCUAUCCUGCGAUGACCACGUUUUUUGUGUCGAGCAAUUAAUCAGUUGCUUCCUAUUUAUUUUUUUACAAUGCUGUUUUUAUCUGCUCAUUUUUAUUUUUUUAUUUUAGCACUUCACGUUUGCCAUGCAUUUAUGCGCGUUAUUAAAAUGUAAAAACGUUAUUUUAGAAGGGUUGUGGUUUCAUCUGCAUGUAUACAUGUUAUUUUGAUUUUAAGCUGAAUUUUAUACUUGUAAUUUCUUUCAUAUUAUGUGAGAAAGUGCGAUGUUGUGUUCGUGUGAAUAGAGGCAGGUUCAUCUGUAGCUGGAGUUACUGAAUUCCCUCUAUGGUCUUGACAUUUGAAGAAUUCAAUAAAGCAAAUGUGUGAAGACAUUGA